AUGGGCUUUUCAAUCCGGUCCACCGUCGCGGCCGCUGGUGCGCUGCUGCUCCUCUCAGCCUUCGCCGCCGCAGCAGAACUGAAGGAAAUCACCAACUUCGGCCCGAACCCCAGCAACGCAAAGAUGUAUCUCUACGUCCCAGACAACGUCCAGCCUUCCGCCCCGCUCAUAGUCGGCAUCCACUGGUGCCACGGGACGGCGCUCGACUUCUACGCGGGGACGAAGUACGCGGCGACGGCGGACAGCAAGGGGUACAUCGUGAUCUACCCGUCCGUGAACACAACAGACGGGUGCUGGGACGUAUCCAGUGCCGCCUCGCUCACACACCUAGGCGGGGGCGACUCCCUCGCGAUCCACUCGAUGGUCUCCUACGUGCGGCGCAAGUACUCGGUCGACAGCAAACGCAUCUUUUCCACCGGCAUCAGCUCGGGCGCAAUGAUGACCGAAGUCCUCAUGGGAACGUACCCGGACGUCUUCGCGGCCGGCAGCGCGUUCGCCGGUGUCCCGUUCGGCUGCUUUGCGGGCACAAGCACGUGGAGCGAUGACUGCGCCACUGGGAAGAUCAACCAUACGGCGAGGGAGUGGGGGAAUUUGGUUCGCGCGGCGUAUCCGAAGUAUAAGGGCAAGCGCCCGAGGCUGCAGCUGUUCCAUGGCGAUCAGGAUGAGAUCCUCAGCUUUAAGAAUCUGGGCGAGGCGGUCGAGCAGUGGACAAACGUGCUGGGAUUGAGUGCGAAACCGGUGAAGGUCGAGCAGGACCUGCCGAAGGUCGGGUGGACCAGGAGUAUCUAUGGCCGCAAGGGAGAACUGGAGACCGUGGUCGAGGUCGGACAGCCGCAUAAUCUUGUGGUGCUUGAGGACGAGGCGCUGCGGUUCUUUGGGCUAUAA